AUGAUGCAACCUCAGCCUACUAACGAAGACGACGACUGUGAAAAUCUAAUAACCAAUGGCGAGGGUCGGAGUAAUGGACGGAAGUCCCCGGAUCACCUUGCUCGAUCCACUUUUCGAAUCGGCGGCGUCCCCGGAAGCGCGUCCUCCGGCGCAUCUAACAGGUUCGGAAAAUGGUGUAUUUUCGCGAUAAUUCUUCUCUUUUCGAUUUUCGUUCUGUUUUUGGCCACCGAUGUGAAGGAUUUUUUCCGGGCGCGCACGUCCUGGAGUGAAGAUCUAGUGAAUAGUAAUGCGUCGGUUAGCCGGAUGCGUGAGUCGGAAUUGCAGGCUUUGCAUUUGCUCAAGCAGCAGGAAGUUGAGCUCUUAAAGAUGGUGAAUAGAUCUGAAAUUAGUUUCUUAAAUGGUAAUAGCAGUGUAGAUGGUGCUUUUUUGCUUUCGUCAUCGGUUUUGGAAGACUUGAAAUCUCGUGUUUUUAGCCAGAUUUCGUUGAACAAGCAAAUCCAAGGGGUUCUGUUGUCAUCCCAUGGAAAUGGGUCCCUGGACUCUGAUGAGAACUACACGAACACUAGUGCGUUGGGUUGGGAUAGGUGCUGUAAGGUGGACCAGAGAUUAUCCGAGAGGAGAACCAAAGAAUGGAACCCUAGACCCGACAAGUAUUUGCUUGCGGUAUGCGUUUCGGGGCAAAUGUCGAAUCACUUGAUAUGCUUGGAGAAGCACAUGUUUUUUGCGGCUAUGCUUGACCGUGUUUUGGUGAUUCCAAGCGCAAAAGUCGAUUACGAGUUCAGUAGGGUCAUAGAUAUAGACCAUAUCAAUAGUUGUUCAGGGAAAAAAGUUGUGACGACUUUUGAGGAAUUUGCCGAGAUUAAGAAAAACCAUAUGCAAGUAGAUAAAUUUCUGUGUUAUUUCUCGUUGCCACAGCCUUGUUUUCUGGAUGAUGAUCAUGUGAAGAAAUUAAAGGAUUUGGGGCUAUUGUUGAGUAAGAUUGAGACUGUUUGGGAGGAGGAUGUUAAGGAGCCAAAAAAUCGGACGGUCCAGGAUGUUUUAGACCGGUUUUCUUCGGAUGAUGAUGUUAUUGCAAUUGGGGAUGUAUUCUUUGCCAACAUCGAGACAGAGUGGGUGAUGCAGCCAGGUGGUCCUAUUGCACAUAAAUGCAAGACUUUGAUCGAGCCAAGUCGGUUUAUUUUGCUCACGGCUCAACGUUUUGUUCAGACAUUCUUAGGGAAGGACUUUAUAGCUCUUCAUUUCCGGCGCCAUGGUUUCUUGAAAUUCUGUAAUGCCAAGAAACCGAGUUGCUUUUAUCCUGUUCCUCAAGCAGCCGAGUGCAUCAAUCGAGUGGUUGAAAGAGCAAAUAGUCCGGUUAUAUAUCUGUCAACAGAUGCUGCUGAAAGUGAGACAGGUUUGCUGCAGUCACUUGUUGUCUGGAACGGGAAGACUGUUCCGCUUGUUCAAAGACCGGCUAGUAAUGUAGCUGAAAAGUGGGAUGCUUUGUUGUACAGACACGGGCUCACUGGGGAUUCCCAGGUCGAAGCAAUGUUGGAUAAGGCCAUAUGUGCUUUGUCCAAAGUGUUUAUCGGUUCUCCUGGUUCCACUUUCACUGAGGAUAUCUUGCGGCUUCGAAAGGACUGGGGUUCGGCUUCGUUAUGUGAUGAGUACUUGUGCCAGGGUGAAUUGCCCAAUUUUAUAGCUGAAGACGAAUGA